CGUUCAAAGCUCUACGCCGGUUACUUUAACAUCACUGAAGAAGCUGGUAAUUAACACUUAUUAUGUGGAAGUGCCUUCCUUGAAUUUACUUCUAUGUGGCUGCCCAAACAUUGAAAUUCUUUAUCUUUGCACUUCCUUCCAUACCAUAUGGAUAAAGUUUGCGUCCCACCUUCUUUGAAAAGGUUGACAAUCAUCAUUGAUAAUGAAGUUGGGGCUUACCUUGAAAUGAAAGCACCGGAUCUUGAGUACCUUUACAUCAACGGAAUCACAUCCGGCGAAGUUUUUAGCAUGUACAACUUGCACAAUGUGGUGGAAGCACAUCUUAAUGUUUUUCUCCAGCCGUUUUCUUCCGUCAUCCCUUUGAACAACCUCCUUGGAAAUCUCUCUGGGACUAAACAUCUAGUGUUGGGUCGUUCAACAACCAAGUGGCUGCUUGGAGAGCCCCAUGAUCUAAAUUUUCAAGAACUUUGCUAUUUGUUUCGCCUAGAACUCACUCUUUGUCGGUGCAACAUCAAUUCUGUACUGAACUUGCUUCAAAAGUGUCCUAUGCUUCAAGUUCUCAUAAUUCAUAACGACAAGGAACAGUCAUCUUUCCUACGAUGGACUUCAACACCAUGUGUUCCUAAUUGUCUCGUAUCACACCUAACUUUUAUUCAAUUUAAAGGAUUUCGUGGAUUUUCAGAUGAGGUGUCAUUUGCUGAGUAUGUUUUACAAAAAGGACUUGUUUUAAAGACAUUGAUUAUUGCUGAUAUUUCCGUGGACUUAAAGGAGAAGUACGACAUUCUCAAAACAAUAUCUGAUGUGCCAAGGGCCUCAGGAAUGUGUCAACUUAAAUUUGACUGA